UGUUGGUCCUUGGUUAAUUACACUUCGUCCUCAUAUCUUGAAACCGUUCAUGGAGUAUUGUCCUGUACGUUCAUUGAGACAAAGUAUCUGGGAAGCAGAUGUUACCAAAGCAUCGGUAUUGCAAGAAAGAUUACUAAACACCAGUACACCAUUAGAACAACUUCGAGCCCUAAGGCAACAACGAGCAGAGUUGUUAGGAUAUAAAACAUAUGUUCAUUUAAGUCUGGAAACAAAAAUGGCUGAAUCUAUAGAGAACAUUUAUCAUACAUUCGAUAUCUUAUUAGGAACAGCACGUCCUGCUCAAGAGUAUGAACUUAUGCAGCUAAACUCAUUUGCAAAUGAAAAUGGGUUUGCAGGUACGCUUCAGUUUUGGGACAUACCCUUCUGGAGCAGGAAACAAUUGUUUAGUAUACACAAGUAUAAAGAAGGAGAUUUUAAACAAUAUUUUCCACUACCAAAGGUAUUGUCUGGUACAUUUGAAUUAAUUGAAAGAUUAUUUAAUGUAAAAAUCGUUGAAAGUGAAAACCUACAUGUCUGGCAUAACGAUGUCCACUUCUUUGAUGUUUUUGACUUGAAUGAAUCGAGUAACGAACCUGUAGGAAGUUUUUAUUUAGAUCCUUAUGCAAGGAAUAAUGAAAAGGUAAAAGUACCAAACGAUUCUGGUCAUAUAGUGCCUAUAAAUAGUAGAAGCAAAGUAAGCAAAACAAAACCAUUAGUCGCUUUACUGUUCAACUUUCAACCACCAACUGAAGGAAAACCCUCUUUACUUUACUUCAAAGAUGUUAAGGCCAUUUUCCAAAAGUUCGGACGCAUGUUACAACACAUAUUGACAAAGGUAGAUUAUGCCGAAUUAUCUGGACUUACAAAUGUAGAAUGGGACGCAGCAUACAUCUCUGAUCAUUUCUUUGAAAAUUGGUUGUAUGAACCAUCAAUUUUACACCAAAUCUCUUCUCAUUAUGAUACCAAAGAAUCAUUAUCUGCAGAAAUGAUAAAAACGCUAAAAGACACAAAAUUACAAUUAGCUGGUUUUAACUUAUGCAAGGAACUUUAUUUAUCGCGAUUCGAUCUGGAGCUACACUUUUGCGAUAAAUUUUGGGGUGUCAUAAUGAAUCGCUUGUGGAACAAGCACUUUAUCAUGCCCCAACAUAAACUGGACAGUCACAUCUGCUCGUUUGAAAGUAUUUUUAGUGGAAACUUUGGAGCUGCUUACUACAGUCAUAUUUGGUCGCAAAUGCUUGCAGCUGACUUGUACAGUAUUUUUAAAGAGAUAUCAGUUAAAAAUUCAACAAGGGACGCAAUGCGAGAAAUCGGUGACAGAUAUUAUGCAACGUUUCUGUCUGUAGGAGGAAGUCAACCGAUGAGUGAAACUUUCAGAAAAUUCACGGGAAGAGAUCCCAAUCCUAUAGCACUUUUACUAAAUCUUGAAUUAGAUGAUAAGUCUACUAUAGUGAAAUCCAGGAUCUAGAAACAACAGUAAAAUUCAAACUCAAGGAAUAGGGAAUAAUUAUAAUAAUAUAAGAACUCAGUUUUUUUCUUUGUGUAAAAAAUAAGGAAACAUAAUUUAUAUAAAUAUAAACGUUACAAAAACUCUA